AUGAAAUCUGGAGUAUUUAGUAAUGCGAAAUUUGAAAAGGCAAAAACAAUUGCAAGAUUCAAUUCAUACCGAAAAAUCGCCAAGCCUUUUCGGUUUCUCCAAGUUUCGGUGGUUUGCGCGUUGGUUUUUUGGUCAUUAACGUAUAUUCCGACGGCCGUGAGAAUCUCCGGCGAGUGGUUGUUGAAACUAUGUGCUUAUCUCUUCAAUUAUCAUGUUGUUUUUCUCAAUGCCAUUAUUUUGUUGAUUUUCGUACUCUGCCGCCAAAACGAAGUCUCCAGAAAUCAUUCUGCCGCCGGCGAUCUCGUCCACGAUUUCGUUAAACACAGCGAAGUUCAUCCACGCCUUUCUUCUGUCUCCAUUUUUGUUUCUGAAAAUGAACUAAUUCCGCCGGAAAUGGUCGUUGAGGAAGAAGGCGGCGGCGGCGAUGAGGACAUUGAGGAGAAACGAAUUCUGUGCACAGAUUAUGAUCCUAAUUCCGUCGCAAAUUGCGACGAAAUAACGAUGGCGAUAGAGAAGGCUACUAAGGAAAUAAAGCGGUUUCAGAGGAUUCAAUCACCGCAGAAGCCCCAGCGAUCGAAGACCGAGAAUUUAAGGAUGACUCCGUUAGUCGGAGCAGAGAUUGAAAGGCUAAGCAAUGAAGAAUUUCAGCGCACAGUUCAAACCUUCAUUUGUAGACACCAUAAACUCUUUUUGGAGCAAAAGCUAGCCGAAUCAAAUCUCAAUUAA